AUGCCUCUUCCGGAAACCAUGUAUUGCGCUCAGCAGAUCAAAAUCCCCCCUGAGCUACCCGAUAUCCUGAAGCAAUUUACCAAAGCUGCUAUUAGGACUCAACCUCGUGAUGUCUUGCAGUGGGCAGCUGCGUAUUUUUCAGCAUUAUCGAAAGGCGAGCCCCUUCCUGUGAAGGAAAGACUUGAAAUAUCUUUAUCAACAGAGAGAACAAACACUGGUUUGACCCCAGGGCUCCUUAAAGUACUGCAUAAACAGCUUUCUCCCAAAGGCAUAGUGAAUGUUGCAGAACUGAAGGAGAAAUGGAAGCACUUGUGCUUGCCAGAGGAGCAGCUGGAAGCUAUCCUGCAGUUGGACGACUUCGGCGAGGAGGUGGAAUGGAUGAAGGUCCUGGCACUUGGGUGCAGCACGCUCGGCGAG